AUUUGGAAUAUUUAUUAUAUGUGAACGUGGUAGCUGUAACUCGGAAGCUGUGGUUGGUUACUGUAUGUAUAUUGUCAAUGUUAACGUGUAUGGCCAUGAAUGAUAUUUCGAAAACUGUGAAAAGUGCAAUCCAGUUUUGAAUGUCCAUCUGCUUAGUUUUUCUGUGCCUGGCUUCGAUCAUACAACUAACUACUUACAGAGCUUAUAUUUAGUCUUUCUCAAAGUUAAAUAUUAUGAAUAAGCAGGACAUGGCAGAUGAAGCCCUCUUCAUGUUUUUGCACAGUGAGAUUGUAUCAUACAUUUACAAGUCGACUGAACAGGCGGAGGUGGUAAAUGGUGGCUGUAUUUUGAGGGUAGAGAAUCUUGGGCUCCAGAUUGGCCAAGGCAACAUUGAGAGGUUCACAAAGGACACUGCCCGAUUCAAGGAUGAAUUGGAUAUCAUGAAAUUCAUUUGUAAAGAUUUCUGGACCAGUGUCUUCAGAAAGCAAAUAGAUAAUCUGAGGACCAAUCAUCAGGGUAUAUAUGUGCUGCAGGAUAAUAAAUUCCGUCUCUUGACUCCAAUGUCAGCAACAAAGCAGUAUUUGGAGCAUGCUCCCAAGUAUUUAGCAUUCACCUGUGGCUUGGUGAGAGGUGCACUAUCAAAUGUGGGUAUUAAAAGUAUUGUAACUGCUGAAGUAUCAACAAUGCCAGCAUGCAAAUUUCAAGUGAUGAUACAGAAAAUGUAGAGUUCUAUUGAAAGAGAAUACACAAUGUUUCUGCAGUGUUAUAUUUAAUGUAUUCCAUCUCAAGACUGAAGCCAAUAUACGGACAUGCUGGAUAUUCAAAAUGGUGACUUCAAAUGAAGACAUGAACUUGCAAGUUAUGUAACUGGAGGACUUUGGACUUCUGUGUUAAGCAAGACAGAACCAUUAAUGCUAAAUAACGCUCCAGAAGUAUGAAAUGUGUAUGAUCAAUUGCACAAAUAUUUUUGAAGUAACUGACAUUCCAAACGCAGCAUGUUUGCGCAGUGUAGUAGUAGUAGUUCUUCCUCAUGACAAUUUAUUUUGUACAUUGUUAGCAUCUUUCCCCACAUUGUGCCAUUUCCUUUUUGUACAGUAUUAACUGCUUCUACCUUGUUAUACUACUACAUUAUAUUGACUCAGUGACAGAGGAAUGGCCAGUAUUGUCUGCUAUUUUAUGUGCAUUUAACAUUCUUCCCUCUAUCAUUCCCUAACCCUUUUCCCCACCUAUUUUAUGCCCUCUUUAAUUCCUCUGUGGACUAACAGUCUAUUCCACAGGUAUACUGCCUUUUCAGUGAAGAAUACUUUUGGAGAUCCAGAGAGUAGUUAGUCUGUACAGUCAGCAGCCUGUAUCUGCUUUGUCUGCCUUAUGUCCUUACUGUUCAAAAUUACCCUUUCCCAUAUCUCUGACGUGAACUUGUUUACCAGUCAUGUCUCCCCUGGCAUCAAGUCAGACCUGUAGCUUCACUAGUCACAGGUCAUAUUCCCACCCUUCCAUCAUAUGGAGUUCUGUGAUAGCCUUACUUUGGAUUUCUUCCCACAACAUUGUAUCCUUUUUUUGUACAUAACCUCCAGAACUAUACACAGUACAAAGGAUGUGGUCUGACCAAAGCCCUGUAGAGGGGAACCAUAACCUGUUUUAUUUUGUAAUCUCUCCCCCAAAAGAUACAAUUCCAACAUUCUGUUUGCUGCCGCUAUUGCCUUCUCAGUCUGCCACUGGUGGUUAAGUUGAGAUGUGAGCAACACACCCAGAUUCUUUUCCUUUUCUGUUGUAAUCCUCUCCAUUCCCUCCAGUGCUACCGUGUUAAAACUUUUGAGACUUAGUACUGUAAGGCCUGAAACCAUAACAGUCAUUAAGGAUGUUUCAGAGAAAUAAACUUUGAAAUUUGCUGUUACA